GCGCGCGUUCCCGCGGCUCCCUUGGGCGGGACUGAACGUUACUAGGACAAGACGGCGUAAUGGAGGGAGCGGACACGCGCACGAUUUUAGAAUAUCUCAUAAUUUGCCUUAAGAAUGAGGAAGAAAGGCAGCUGAAAGGUUUAGCCCCGGAAGGGAUAGUGCUGGUUUCCUUUAAUCUCAGUGAUUCUACGCAUGGCGCAAGCCAGCUCCGAUGCACGACCACUAUUGCUGCAGCAGGGAAUUUUUGCUCUAAAAUCCUCAAUGAGCAGUUCUGGAAAGAAAUGGAUGGGAUGCUGGCUGAGCUCUCUGUGCCCUGGACCAGGCCUUGGACGGCAGGUGGAUGUAGCCACGAACCCCUGGAUUCUACCGCACUCCAGCUGGCCUUCGAGCUCCAUGAAAGGCCUGGAGUUCUGAUGAUGGACUGUCUGGCAGUAAAACAGUUCAUACAUAAGAUCAGCAUGGUGCACCCAAAGAUCAGAUUCCAUUACUGUGUGAAUGUGAAUGGCGCUGUGUCUGCGGAGACAUACUGUGGAGAGAAGAGAGAGAGUACAUGUAUACUGAAUGGAAUAAAGCUCCUUACUGACCAGAGACACUAUAUAAGGGUUGCGGACAGCUUGGUGUCCUGUGGUGCAAACUUCCUUUGUGACAAAAUCCACCCUGUGCUGGGCAGGGCUGUCAGCCUCCUGAUUCCUCAUGAAAUGGCUGAAACUGGCUUCACGGGGGAGCUGGAAGUCACGCCAGCUGCCGCGCUGUGCCCCUGCCUGAAGCUGUAUCCCAAUCAGCCUGCUAAGAUUGCUGCUGUCUCCAUAUUUUUCUACGACCCUGCGGGUCUGCCCAUAUCAUUCUAUGCAAAGGGGAAAUCAUCAUUGUUCUUCAAUGACCCAUCAAACUUAGCAGAAUGGGAGAAGUACAGCUAUAGUGCAACACUAGACUCAGAUCCAGGGGAGGAAGAAGAUCAAGUGGACCCAGAUGUCAGAUAUAAACUUCACUGGGACGGCGGAAGCCAAGAAGAUGAUCCAGACACUUGGGAGCAGACGCUGCUGCUCUUCCUCUUUCUUCACUACUCAGAUCAGUUUCAAGAUAAGCCACUUUACGAUUUCUGGACCCGGCGCAUGAUUGCAUCCCAUAUGGACCAGAUUCUCCUGUGCAGCCAGGAGACAGUGAAGCAUGGAGUCCAGGCUGUCAUUGACGCAAUGCUACAGGAGCACUGCAAGAAAGGGAAGAACCAGCAGAGGUUGAAGCUAUCCCUGCCCAUCAUCCUAGGUGCCAUUUCCAGCGUGGUGUCCAGCAGCACUAACAGCCAGUUCAGACGGGAAUGUCUGCAGAGUUUGCAGGUUUCAGAUACCCCAGAGCUAAUGGCAGCCAUUCAAACAGCGUUUGAAAAUGUCACUCGGAAGCGACUGAUGCCCAAUGGCACAUGCAGCAUCACAAAACAGCAGGUACCUGAAGACGCCAACCCAGCUUGGCUCGCUGCGUGUGACUUACCAACAGCUGGCCAGAAGCUAUCGCAGGAAGAGGCAUUUGACAGCAUCAAUUCUGUUGAUUCAGAACCGGCCUCUCUGGAGGACAGAGCUGACUUGUGGGGAGAAAUGAGUGAAACUAAGAGGAGGAAGACAGCAACCAUGGAGAACAAUGCAGAUGGGGCUCUGGAGCAAGAGCCACUGUGUGGCUUGCAAGAGAGGACAGAGCAUCUCAUGACAGACUUUGGCAGCCAACUGAGUUUUUGCCUGUGGAGUCCCAAGGAAGGAGCAGAUGCCAGCAUGUUCCUAGGUGGAAGAGCGGAGGGCUUUACAGCUGUAUCAGAGGACAGAACCAGAAGUAGUGAGAAUCUGUGGCAGGUUGACCACUUGUGGCUGCAAGAGAUUUCCAACCUUUCUGAAUGGACAUCCUGAAAUGGAGAUGCCCUUAGCCGAGGGUAUGAGAACAGCUGUGCUCCCCCUUCAAACAAAGCCAAAUAAAGACCAUCCAUUCACUGGGGUUCUUGUUCUUUAUUGUUGGAUGUCAGUAAGGCCUAAGAGCCCCGAAAUGCACAAGGACACCUCUGUGUUAGGCACUGUACAAAAAUGGAACAAAGUUUGUCCCUUGCCUAAAAUUGCUGACAGUCUUGUAUUAGAAGGAGGGAGGGCAGAUGGCUUUGUGGUCAAGGGACAUGACAGUGGUGCAGGACUCCUGAGUUCUUCUUUGAGUAUGUCCCAUGGGAGCUCCACCAUAGGAUGUUUGUGCUGUGUGCUCUUGACUGAAGACUGCAAAGUAGUGCUCACGGGCCUGCCCCUGUG